AUGUUCACUACAAUCGUUUUGACCACUCUUAUUUUGGAUCUUGCUCGUUGGUUGGUAACAUACUUAUUGUAUGUGGUCGUGCUUUCUACAACCCUUCAUGGUGACCUUAACUGGCUGGUCACGACAUCCAAAACGAUGCUUCAGUGUAUUUCGGAAUACAACAAUUCCUGGAUAUCGAUACGAGGAGCCAUGUUGAUCUUGUACCUUUUCUUAUGCCUGGUCAUUGGAUACAUGCCCACUAUAGGAUUAUCUCUAUUGCACCCUAUAACGCAUGAAUCGAUCUAUGAUAGAUCUUACGACGUUGAUAUCUCAUGCCUCGUCAAAGAGAUCCCCACGCCAUUAUACACGAACGUUAUGUCCUCGCUAAGUGGCUAUUUUGAUGAACGCUGUGAUCUUCACGAUUUUUUACCGGACCCUCUACCGAAACAAUCAGUGUCACCUUCGAUCGUGCAAAUAGACAAUGAUCCGGCUCUAUCAUUGACAUACCACAGCGGUUCGAAGUACAUCUUCAACACAACAACAUUCACACCCGAUUCUCUUGGCGUGACUUUACAAGCGUUUAUUGAUGCUGACAUAGCCAUUGAUUACUUUUUGUCCCUUCGCAAUUAUCCGCUUUUCAACAUGGAUCCAUUAUUACCUUAUCACGAGCAUUGGCUUCGUGUGAUAUCACCCACGGUUUAA